AUGGGGACGGAGAAGCCGGUGCCCCGGACGCCGAAGACCCCUGCCAAGACGGGGGCCGAGUCCCUGCCCCGGGUGACGCUGAAGAUGAACCCGCCCAAGUGCCCGGAGUGCGGCAAGAGCUUCCUGAGCAACGUGGCCAUGACCAUCCACAUCCGGAAGCACACGGGGGAGCGCCCCUUCAAGUGCCACCUGUGCCCCAAGGCCUUUGCCUCCCUGGGGGACCUUAAGCGCCACCUCAGGCGGCACCUGCACCGAGAGCCCCCUCCCGCCCCCAGCGACAGCCCCCCCGCCGGCCAGUGCAAGAAGAGCCUGGCGGCCCGGCUGCAACUCUCGGGCCACUUGCAGCAGCACGAACCGGGCCCCCGGAUGCCCCACGCCUGCGCCCAGUGCGGGAAGAGCUUCCAGACGAGGCAGAGCCUGCGGAAGCACGAGGGGACGCACUCGGCCGAGCGGCCCUUCCCCUGCCUGGAGUGCGGGCGCAGCUUCCGGCUCAAGCAGAUCUUGGCGGCCCACAUGGAGUCCCACGUCCAGGAGAGGCCCUUUGCCUGCCCCCAGUGCGGGAAGAGCUUCACCCAGGAGCGCCACGUCAGGCGCCACCAGCGGGUCCACACGGGGGAGAAGCCCUUCGCCUGCCUGGCGUGCGGGAAGCGCUUCGGCUACAAGCAGCCCCUCCUCAAGCACCUGCGCCUGCACACCGGGGAGCGGCCCUUCUCCUGCGCCGAGUGCGGGAAGGCCUUCCGCGACAAGGCCACGCUGGUCAUCCACAACCGGAUGCACACCGGGGAGCGGCCCUACCACUGCGCCUUCUGCGGCAAGAACUGCCGGCAGAAGCAGCACCUGAACAGCCACAUGCGCGUCCACCGCGGGGAGAGGCUGCCCACCGAGGGCGGCCCCGGCCCCGCCCUGCAGGAGAAGCCCUUCGCCUGCCCCGCCUGCGGGAAGCGCUUCCGAGACGGGAAGAUCAUGCUGGACCACCAGAAGACCCACGAGGAGGAGGAGCCGCCGGCGGGGCCGGGCCCUCUUGCCGGCGGAGUGGGCCCCUCCCCAGGAGAAGCAGAAUCGGUCAGCGGAGGAGGAGGAGGAGGCGUGAGCCGGGAGCACCCCACCGGGCUCCCCCCCCCCCCUCUGGGAGGGAAGGCAUCCGUCGUGUGCCCCGACUGUGGCAGGAGCUUCAGCCAGCGGAAGUACCUCACCCUGCACCGGCGGAGCCACCAUCAGAUCUGUGACAACAUAGCUGUGUGCAAGCAUUCGAGUUCACCAGAACUCUUCAUCAGCCCAGCGGCCCCGGUGACGCUGGAGGACGUGACGGUCUCCUUCUCCCUGGAAGAGUGGGCCGAGCUGGAGGAAUGGCAGCGAGCCCUUCACCGGGACGUCAUGCAGGAGAACUCUGAGCUGGUUGCCUCGCUGGGCUGUGAUAUCGGAGAUCUCGGAGUGAAGGAGGAGGCGGAGGAAGAGGAGGAAGAGCUGAAGGUGUUGCUGGUGGACGAGGCGGAAGAGGCGGCUCCUCCUGGCUGGAAGGCAGCUGGCGAAUCCCCCCCCUGGCCAUCGAGCGGGCCCAGUGGAGCCUUGUGGGGGAACCUGGGGUGGGAAGAGCUGGUGCCCCUGAGACCCAGCGGGGAGGCCCCUGGGGGCCCGUGCCCCCUCACCUGCCCCGAGUGCAGGAAGCGCUUCCAGAGCCGAGCCGCCCUCCAGACCCACUGGCGGAUCCACACGGGGGAGCGGCCCUUCACCUGUGCCGAGUGUGGGCGGGGCUUCACCCAGCGGCAGCACCUGGCCUCCCACCUGCAGGUGCACGGGGGGGAGCACCCCUUCCCCUGCCCCACCUGCGGCUGCACCUUCCGCCUGCAGAGGCUGCUCCUGACCCACCAGCGGAAGGUCCACGCCGGCCAGCCCCCCUUGGCGUGCGCCGACUGCGGCAAGCUCUUCAACCACAGGCACCACCUGAUGACCCACCAGCGGGUGCACACGGGCGAGCGCCCCUUCCCGUGCCCCGACUGCGGCAAGAGCUUCACCCAGAAGCACCCCCUGCAGACCCACCGGCGGAGCCACUCCGGGGACCGGCCCUUCCCCUGCGCGGCCUGCGGCAAGACCUUCAAGGACCGCACCGGCGUCCUGAUGCACCAGAUCGUCCACACCGGGGCCAAGCCCUUCGCCUGCCCGAGCUGCAGCAAGAUCUUCAGCCACAAGCACCACCUGGUCAUCCACCAGCGCGUCCACACCGGCGAGAAGCCCUUCUCCUGCACGGCCUGCGGGAAGCGCUUCACCCAGAAGCACCACCUCCUGAGCCACGAGCGCGUCCACACGGGGGAGCGCCCAUACCAGUGCCAGGAGUGCCCCCGCAGCUUCAAGGACAGGAUCACACUCAAGCUGCACAUCCGGCUCCACACGGGCGAGAAGUCCUUCUCCUGUGCCCGCUGCGGGGAGAGCUUCCGGCUGCGGAAGGCCUUCCUCUCCCACCAGCGGGUGCAUGACACCCCCGCACAGCUCAUCUGCACCGAGUGUGGGGACAGCUUCCCGCGCAUGCGCAGCUUGGCCAGCCACCGGCGGCGGGUGCACCCCUCGGCCCCCAAGGAGGCGGCCUCCCAGCCUGGGUCGCCCGGGGAGUCGUUCGGCAUCCCCGAGUCCCAGGCCGGUGGGGAGAAGGGCCGGGCGGAGGAACUGGACCAGGGCUUGCCCCGCCCGUGCCAGGAGGGAAUGGCUCAGCCUGGCAAGGUGUCCCUGCACCUCAGCACAGACUCCUGGGGUCUGCGGGCGCCUGAGAGGCAGGCGCCCUGA